AUGCCGAAUGUGCCACUCCGGGCCUUCCCAAGGGAAUCAUCCCCGCGGUAUCCCGGGAUGUUCGGCAUCCUCAAACCCCUGCAAUUCCCGGCCUUCCCAAGGGAAUCAUCCCCGCGGUAUCCCGGGAUGUUCGGCAUCCUCAAACCCCUGCAAUUCCCGGCCUUCCCAAGGGAAUCAUCCCCGCGGUAUCCCGGGAUGUUCGGCAUCCUCAAACCCCUGCAAUUCCCGGCCUUCCCAAGGGAAUCAUCCCCGCGGUAUCCCGGGAUGUUCGGCAUCCUCAAAUCCCUGCAAAGGCCGCAGCCGCCGUCGCGCCCGAUCCGCUCCCGGUACGCACGGUCCUGUGCCUUCCGCCCCGGCUCCCCCCGGCCCGCGGGGCUCCCCCGGGCUCCCCGAGCUCCGGGCGGCUCCGGGGGCUCCUCCGGCCUCCGGGUCCCGGCGGGGCCUGCCCGGGAGCGUCGAGGCUGCGGCCGGGGCCGCGCGCUCCGGAGCCCGGCGCGCCCGGUCCCAGCGCGCACGGCCCCGGGGGCGGCCCCGCGGCUCCAGGGCCUGCCCGGAGCCCCCCGGGUGCCGCUCCCCGCCCGGGCCCGAGGACAGGGGCCCGGGGACGGACCCGGUGCUCCCGCCCGGGUGCCGAGCCCCGCUGCCCGCGGCCCCCUCCCCGCGUUACGCACGGGGCUCGCCGGGCCCGGGGGCUCCGCCGGGGAUCCCCCGCGGCCGGGGAGGAGCUGGGGGAGUCCCGGGCGGCCGGGGCGGAGCGGGGGGAUCCGGGCCCGGGUGCCAGCGCUCCCCGCGCCGCCGGGAGCCCGAGCCCGAGCGCGGGGGCCCAGAGGGGUGAACCAGCUCGGGGGGCUCUUCCUGAACGGCCGCCCCCUCCCCACGUGCAAGAGGCAGAGAAUCAUCGCGCUGGCGGCGAGCGGCGCCCGCAGCUCCGACAUCUCCCGCAGCCUCAAGGUGUCCAACGGCUGCGUCAGUAAAAUCCUGCGCCGCUAUUACCGGACGGGGGCCGUGGGGCCCAAGGCUGCGGGGGGCAGCAAGCCCCCCAUGGCCACCCCCGCCCUGGUGGCCCGGAUCGCGCGGCUGAAGCUGGAGCGGCCCGGGAUCUUCGCCUGGGAGAUCCGGCGGCAGCUGCACGCCGAGGGAACCUGCGCCAGCGGCCGCGUCCCCAGCGUCUCCUCCAUCAACCGCGUGCUCAGGACCCUGCCCAGCGACCUCCGGCUGGCGGCCGAGCCCCGGGACCCGCGGCCACGGCGUGAGCCUCGCCCCAAAGCCCGGACCCCUCCCGACCCCUCCCGGCCCCUCCGGGCAGCCCCCGGCACCGGCUCCGCCUCCAGCCCCCGCCCUCCCGUGCCCGCAGCGUCCCCCCCGGUCCCGGGCAGCCCCCGGGAGGGGAGCGGGAGCAGGAACGGGAGCAGGAGCAGGAGCGGGAGCAGGAGCAGGACCGUGUUCUCCCGGCAGCAGGCGGAGGCUCUGGAGAGAGAGUUCCAGCGGGGACAGUACCCGGACACCGCCACCCGCGAGAGCCUGGCCGCGGCCACCCGGCUCCCGGACAGCACCGUCAGGGUUUGGUUCUCCAACCGCCGAGCCAAGUGGCGCCGGGAGAACGAGCAGCAGCAGCCGGAGCCCGGCGGCGCAGGCUCCUGGUGCCACUGGACCCCGGCCGCUCUCGGUGCCGCGGCCGCCCGGGUAGGACACGGCCGGUCCCGGCUGCUGGGGACGCCCCGGCACCCGCUGGAGCCCCGGACCCUCUGCCGGAGGUCCCGGAGCACCCCAGGGAUGACCUGUGACCCUCUGGUCCCCCCGCAGCCCCUCCCGGACCCCCCCUCGGGCUCUGCGCGGCCCCUCCGCGGCCUCGCCCCGCACCCGCGGCCCCCGGCCCCGCUGCACCUCUGCGCCUCCGGCCCCUGCGCCUGGGACGAGGCUUGCUGCGGUUCGGUUCCCGGUGGGAGCCCCGCUCCAUCGCCCUGGCAGCCCCUGGAGAGCCUCCCCCUGGCCCUGCUGCCCCCCGGGCUCACCCCGCUGCCAGCCUGGGGCCCGGAGCCUCUCUGA